CAGCAGCGCUCGGCUCGGCUCUCCAUUUCAGUCCGCUCUGAGAGUCCCUGCGCCCCGCUGCCGCUCUCACCUUUCACCCCCGACGCGGAGAAAUGGGAACGUCUUAACUAAACCCCCGGCAUCGGCGACACACACGACUCUUCAACCGUCAGCUGGACGUACCAGACCCGGAGUCCCCCCGCUGCCGAACGUCUCCGAGCCGAACAGAAAGACACGGUGAAGAGACUACAUGUCCCAGAAUCCCCUGUGAGAGCGAGCGAGCGUCUUCUUCUUCUUCUCUUGUCCGUGCUUCCUCUCUCCCUCCGUCCAGUUGGUUGGAUGAGUCCCAAACAGCGACAGAACUGUGAGCAGUGAUUGGGCGCUGAGCCAGACCGGGCAGCCAACGGGGAGCCAGGCUCGCCAUCAUGGCGGACGUGGACCCAGACACCCUGCUGGAGUGGCUGCAGAUGGGGCAGGGCGACGAGCGCGACAUGCAGCUCAUCGCCCUGGAGCAGCUCUGCAUGCUGCUGCUCAUGUCGGACAACGUGGACCGCUGCUUCGAGACCUGUCCUCCUCGGACGUUCCUCCCGGCCCUCUGUAAGAUCUUCCUGGACGAGAGCGCCCCGGAUAACGUGCUGGAGGUCACGGCCAGAGCCAUCACCUACUACCUGGACGUGUCUGCGGAGUGCACCCGGAGGAUCGUGGGCGUGGACGGCGCCAUCAAGGCGCUGUGCAACCGGCUGGUGGUGGUGGAGCUCAACAACAGGACCAGCAGAGACCUGGCCGAGCAGUGUGUGAAGGUGCUGGAGCUGAUCUGUACCAGAGAGUCCGGCGCCGUGUUCGAGGCCGGCGGUCUGAACUGCGUGCUGAGUUUUAUCAGAGACAGCGGUCAUCUGGUUCAUAAAGACACUCUGCACUCGGCCAUGGCCGUGGUGUCCCGACUCUGCAGCAAGAUGGAGCCUCAGGACUCGUCUCUGGAGACCUGCGUCGAGUCUCUGUCCAGCCUCCUCAAACACGAAGACCACCAGGUGUCAGAUGGAGCUCUGCGCUGCUUCGCCUCAUUGGCCGACAGGUUCACUCGCCGCGGCGUAGACCCCGCCCCUUUAGCCAAACACGGGCUGACGGAGGAGCUGCUGUCCCGCAUGGCGGCCGCCGGCGGCACUGUGUCAGGCCCCGCCUCUUCCUGUAAGCCCGGCAGAACCUCGACGGGCGCCGCCCCCUCGGCCCCGGACUCCAAACUGAGCAACCAGGUGUCGACCAUCGUCAGCCUGCUGUCCACGCUGUGCAGGGGGUCGCCGCUCGUCACACACGACCUGUUGCGUUCGGCGCUGCCCGACUCAAUGGAGUCCGCUCUCGGAGGAGACGAGCGCUGCGUGCUGGACACCAUGCGGCUGGUGGACCUCCUGCUGGUGCUCCUGUUUGAGGGACGGAAGGCGCUGCCCAAAUCCACGGCGGGCUCGACGGGUCGGAUCCCCGGCCUGCGACGCCUGGACAGUUCAGGGGAGAGAUCCCACCGACAGCUCAUUGACUGUAUCCGCAGCAAAGACACCGACGCUCUGAUCGACGCCAUCGACACCGGAGCCUUUGAGGUGAACUUCAUGGACGAUGUUGGACAGACGCUGCUCAACUGGGCCUCAGCUUUUGGCACACAGGAAAUGGUGGAGUUUUUAUGUGAGAGGGGGGCGGACGUCAACAGAGGUCAGAGGUCAUCUUCACUACACUACGCUGCCUGUUUCGGACGCCCACAAGUCGCCAAGGUGACACACACACACACACACACACACACACAGUAAAUACAGCUGUCAGAUUCAGUGAAAUUUCAGGUUGUUUCAGUCCAGCGUUCUGCAUCAGUCUGUUAAAUUUCAUCGUGCGUCUGCAGUGAUGAAGUGUCCUCUUUAUGGAACAUAGUAAAUUUUGGGACUGAUUAAAGUUGGUCCAAACUGCAGAGGUGUUGGGUUCAGUGACCUUUCUUUGCAGUUUUUGUGAUCUUACUCAGCUUGUGAUGAUUUUUAUUAUCAUGGACAAAUUUUUAUGGCGCUACAAACUCCUCAUAAUCACCGGAGAAAACUGUGAAACACAAGCAGAGCAUGCAGACCUAAAGUUUAACAUUUAUUUUUCUUUUUCUUUUAUCUGACAAACAUUUAAAUGACAUUCUUCCUCUGCAAAAAACAAUCCGAAUCUCAAAACUGAAAACCCAAUCCCUGCCCGAUUAACGAGUAU